ACUUGUCACUGCUGUCGCUCUCUGCCUGUGGGUGCCCGCGGUGAAUUGGUCCAGCAUCCCUGCGCAGGCAGUGGGGCAAAUGUAGGCUAGAUGUAAAAACAAAAUUAUAUAUAUAUAAUUUGAAAAUAUGUAAUCGUGGGAUAAGUUUUUCGGCGUUGGCAGUUUGCGAUGAGGGAAGGGGAAUAUGGCAGAUUGGAUUUUGUGUUGCGCCUCUGUGGAGCACGGACCGUUAUAUUGAGAGAAAUAAUGCGGAAUAUUUCCCCCUGUAGGUGUUAACGCAGAAAAUACAAAAUGAAGAAGCAAUUCAAUCGGAUGCGACAGCUCGCCAACCAAACGGUGGGAAGGGCAGAAAAAACAGAGGUGUUAAGCGAGGACCUUCUACAGGUGGAAAAGCGUCUGGACCUGGUCAAGCAGGUGACACACAGCACUCACAAGAAGCUGACUGCCUGCCUGCAGGGUCAGCAGGGGACUGAUAUGGAGAAAAGAUCUGUCAAGUCGCCUUCUAAAAAACUACCGCUCAUGAUCCUGGCACAAUGUAUGGUAGAAGGGGCUGCAGUGUUGGGGGACGAUUCUUUACUGGGGAAGAUGCUGAAGAUGUGUGGAGAGACAGAAGAGAAGUUGGCCCAGGAGCUCAUCCAGUUUGAGUUCCAGAUAGAGAGAGAUGUGGUGGAGCCUCUAUAUGUGCUUGCUGAGGUGGACAUUCCCAACAUCCAGAAACAGAGGAAGCACCUAGCUAAACUUGUCUUGGACAUGGACUCCGCUCGGACAAGAUAUCAGCAGUCGUCCAAGUCAUCCAGUCACCCGAGCACACUGCAGCCCGGCGCAAAGUCCGAGUCCCUCAGAGAGGAGAUGGAGGAGGCAGCCAAUCGGAUGGAGAUAUGUAGGGAUCAGCUGUCAGCAGAUAUGUACAGUUUCGUGGCCAAAGAAAUAGACUAUGCAAACUACUUCCAGACACUGAUAGAAACGCAGGCAGAAUAUCACAGGAAGUCAUUAGAGAUUCUUCACAGUAUCCUGCCCCAGAUUAAAGCUCACCAAGAGGCGUGGGUGGAGAAGCCAUCAUUUGGCAAGUCUCUGGAGGAACACCUGAAUAUUAGUGGCAGAGAGAUUGCCUUUCCCAUCGAAGCUUGUGUCACCAUGCUGUUAGAGUGCGGCAUGCAAGAGGAGGGCCUCUUCAGAGUGGCUCCGUCAGCCUCCAAGCUAAAGAAGCUGAAAGCAUCCCUGGACUGUGGAGUUCUGGAUGUGCAGGAAUACUCCUCUGAUCCACACGCCAUCGCAGGCGCUCUGAAAUCAUACCUCCGUGAGCUCCCUGAGCCACUGAUGACCACUGAACUUUAUGAUGAAUGGAUUCAGGCCUCCAACAUUCAAGAUAUGGACAAGAGACUACAAGCAUUAAUGGCUGCGUGUGAAAAACUCCCCACAGACAACCUGAACAAUUUCAGAUAUUUAAUCAAAUUCUUAGCCAAGUUAAGCGAGUACCAAGACGCAAACAAGAUGACUCCUGGUAACAUGGCGAUUGUUCUCGGCCCUAACUUGCUUUGGACACACACAGAACCGAACAUAACAGAGAUGAUGACCACCAUGUCCCUGCAGAUUGUUGGCAUCAUUGAGCCCAUUAUCCAGCAUGCUGAUUGGUUCUUCCCUGGAGAGAUUGAAUUCAACUUGACAGGCAGCUAUGGCAGCCCGAUCCACACCAACCACAACUCCAACUACAGCUCCAUGCCCUCACCGGACAUGGACCAAUCUGAGCGCAGGCAGCAGCACGACCAGAGCCGACGCCCACUGAGCGUCGCCACUGACAACAUGAUGCUGGAGUUUUACAAGAAGGAUGGCAUUAGGAAGAUACAAAGUAUGGGCGUCCGGGUUAUGGAUACUUCCUGGGUGUCUCGUAAGGGUUCAGCCACGCUGGCACGCAAGGCCUCCUCCACCCCUCCAGGCAUGCAAGGCCCUGGCUCUCCCGCAGACACUCUAAUUCCCGAACAGCCCGGAGAGCUCGCCAUUUCCCCAUCCGCGACACCGCCACCUGCAGAAAGAGUUUGUUCAUUGAAGAGUAAAGAGCUCUCCCCUGUAAUUGGACACAAAGCCAUCCAGGUGGCAGGUCCAACAGUUCCCCCCAGCAGUAGUCCUCAGAGCAGCAGCCAGUGUCCCCACUCCACAGAGCACAGUCCACACACCCUGCGCAAAGGUUCCAAGAAGUUGGCUCCUGUGCCUCCCAAGGUCCCUUACGGCCAGUCUGGCGGGAUGUCCGACCAGUCCACAGGUCAGCCGUCACCGGUCAGCCUGUCCCCCACACCUCCUAGCACCCCCUCCCCUUAUGGACUGGCCUGCCCUCCAGGGCAAGUGCCCCCAUCCUCUCCUGGGCAGACCCCAUUGGGGGCGCCUCACUCCCUUUCGUCCCCGCCCUCUCUGACCGGAACGCUCACCAAGUCGCGACCCGCCCCUAAGCCCAGGCAGAGACCCAGUCUGCCCCCUCCUCAGCCACCUACAGCCCCUCCGGGGUUCACUGGCCCAGCCAUGGCCCCACUUCCCCAGCCCCUGGAGCAGGGCCUCCUGGAUGGACUGUCUCCUGGGGAGAGCAUGUCUACAGAUAUCUUCAAUUAUGAAAUCCCCUCCAUCAAUGUCAAUCUGGACAGCCUCAUCGAUGAGUUCAGCGGUGCCCCUUGCAGGAGGUCCUUGGCAGUGACAGACUCUCCAGAGGGGGACGCUGUGCCUGAGGAGGAACCCCAGAGCACCACUCUAUGACCUAUGACCCUAAGGCAUCACAGCUUACCAGCACCCCUAUGGCUGUACAUACUCUUAACUAUCGCCACCAAGGCCUGAUGGAAACACACAUUGGCCUCACCAAUGCCCACCUGAAACCAGAACUUGAACACAUCUGCUGCAGGCUGCAAAGAUACUCAUCUCUUACAAUUGCUCGCUAGUACAUAAAUGUGACUACAAAAAAAAAAAAAACACCAAAAUGCCAUAGUGGAGGAACAGUUGCCUUUAGGAGGAAAGACUGGAAUAUAGAUGAGUAUUACAUUAAAAGUUUGUUUUUUUAAACUUUUUUUUUUUUUUGCUUUGCUUCGUUCACCUUUGUUGUUUGAUGCAGUGGUUUGUAUUUCUGUGAGGUUUUUUUUGUUUUGUUUUGUUUUGCCUUAUUAGAACAUGCAAUCAAAUUGCAAUAUGAUACAAGUUGUACAACUUUUGGUUAGGGAAACUCAGAGCCUGACAUGGUUAGGAGCAAAGCCCAUCCUCAGGGUGAAUCAGAGAGACAGAGUGAGAGAGUAGUCUUAUAUUGCUCACAGGGUAUUCAAGCUUUGUGCACAUUAGGAAAACGCUGAGCCCGAGAGACAGGUUUGGCAAAAGACAGGAUGAAACAUUUAAUGCAGUUUAAUUCUUAUUGUCACUCCCAGUCUUUACUUCCCCUCUUCUAUCGCAUAUUACAACUAUAGUUCAUUAUCUGAUGUUUACCUUCAUGCAGGUGAACUCACUUUAACUCACUUUAUACCAGCACAGAAUGAGAAGAAUGUUACUGUAAAUUGCAUUUUUUUUUUUGUGAACUUGCAUCUCUUAUUCAUUUUUGAAGAAAGCACCACAAUGUGUUUUGCAUGACAGGCCAACAUGAACGAACUGCUUCGGAUCAAGGGGCCCUCAGAAUGGCAGUGUUUUAUUUGGUGUGAGUGUUUCUGUCGUUGCUGUCCUUGGAGAGUAAAUUUAGACCACUCAUGUGCUGUUACAGUUUGAUGAUAAUGGAUGGAUGACUACACUGCCUUUAGGUCCGUAUGAUUCUCUCCCUUAACCUUGUUUCAAGUGCUUCAGGUUCAGUGACCUUUGACCCCUAGUGUAAAUACAAAGACUGUACAUAAAUUGAUGUAUAUAAACGAGAGGAAAAGUAUAUGUAAAAUGCAUAUCUUGAAUAUAUAUAUAUAUAAAAUAUGUGCUGAUAUUUAUCAUGUGUAGAAAAUGUAAUGAUUAAAAAUUUGAUGUUAUUUUUGUCCCUGCACACAGUGAACAGGUUUACUGUCGAUUCAUAAUGUUUAACUUUAACACCAGGUUGCAACGAUGCUGCAGUAGAAAUGCAGAAUGUUGUUUCUGCUAGAAAUCAAUCGUGGUCUUUCUAAUUCUGUCUCCUGAGCUUUGACUUCAAACAUGCUAGAGCACCCAUGAGUUGCACACCAAUGCAUCUUUUCUUCUUGUUCUUUUGAAAGGGUUAUUUAAUCAAUACCUGUGUAAAUAAUUAGAUUACUUUGAGCACGCUUGGACCAUUUAAAAAUGUUGUCCUAAACUUAUAUUGUUGGACUGAUUAUAGGUAAGUAAAAUGAUAUGUGCUCAUUCAAUUAGAAAAAACUGACACUCCUCUAAAGUUGAAAAUGUUUGUGUCCUUUGUCGUCAGACAAUGAAUCAGCAGUAUUUCAAAUUCAUCAGAAAACAGAUGCUGCAGUGUCGCUUU